GUUAUGACGCAGACAGAGUGUGAGGGAAGCCUCGCCCAAGUCCACAUUUCCUGCUGGACGAGAAACCUGCAAGUAACAACAAGCUUGUGACACGGGGGGAAUUAAACGUUACUUUGCAGACAUGCUGUUGUUAUUCGGGACUGUUUUCUGCGCUUGGUUUGGUUCAUGUGCUGGUUUUCAAACUAAACAGGUGUGCUAUGGCAAAGAUUUUAAACUUCCAAUGUCCUAUGCACCACCUCUUUUCGAUGGUCCGCUGUAUUUCACACCGAAUGGGAAAUCCACGAGGUUAAUGAUGGAUAAGGGGGAGGCAAAAGACCCACGCUUCAGAGUUUCUGUUAUCUCUGCUGUGUUCAAAGAUUUGACAGAAAGGGAUAAUGGAUUUUUUUCCGUUUCACAUGACGACGAUACACUUCAUGAUGUCAUCAAACUGGUAAUUUUAGAUUGUUCUGAAGAGGUGCUAUGGAAUUACGGGGAUAGGUUCGUGUGCAGUAUUUCUAGAGAGGCUGAAUUUUUGGAGUUCAUACCCUUACACAGUAGCAACCAGCCAACUGUGCUGUGGAAUCGCACCAACCCUCAGAUCAGUGAGGAAGGCAGAGGGCGGUUUAAGCGUAAUCGCUGGGAGAUCCUAAAUGUCAAUCAGGGAGACAUAGGCCACUACAACGUCAGAAGAAAAGACAACACUUUGCUGUUUAGGAUAUAUCUCACAGUACAAGAGCACUUUAAGCAGCUUGUUGCAACCGUGAACGAGCAGGUCUUUUUAAAUCAUCCUUCAGUCAAUGCCCCGUGGAAGAUAACUUUUCAUCCUGAAACACAACUGUUUCAGAAAACAGAAUUUGUAGAAAGGGGUCAUCUGAAAGAAUAUCAUUGGGGCUCACCACCUUGGAUUUAUGAAAGGAGGAUUACGGUUAUAGCUGACGGCAUAGAGAUUUAUCCUGUGACAAGAGCAGAUGCUGGCCGUUAUGAGUUCACAGAUAUGCAAGGUCACCUAGCCAUGGUUGUGGAAUUGACGGUAGAUGAGCCAGAUCAUACUUUGGUUUAUGUUGGUAUUGGUGUGGGGACAAUAUUUGCAGUGAUUGUCUGCUGUUGCUGUGUGAGAAAGUGCUGUUGUAAAAACAGCUCCUCUAAAAGGGACCAGUCUGCUCCUCAGACUGCAGCCGCACCUGCACCUGCACCUACACCUGCUGUGUACUACCAUGAUGUGAAUCAACCUGGAGCUCCAAGUUAUUCUGCAGUACCUGCUGGGGAUUACUCUAACCAGCCAGCGAAUUCUUGUGUUCCUACAGAACCUACAGCCACCUCUCUUGAGCUAUCGGUUGCCCCUCUAGGAGGGCAGGGAGCGGAUCCUGCUCCUUCAUUCUGCUCCGAUUUUCUCUCCUCAGACCCUGUGCCAAGAUUUGAUCUGAAAUUGCCCUCUGCUCCCCCACUCAGUUCAGACUCCAUCAGUGAUGUUUACAACUCGGAUAAACUCAACUUUUUGUAAGGAAAAUUCAAAUGAUGCAGAAUUGCAUUCACCAUUGUACCUCAUGACGAGCGGGAACACAGCUAUUUUAGACCUUGAUUGAAAUGUUUGAUAUACACACGUGAAGUUAAGUUACAGCCAAACUGCAAAGUGGCGGUGAUAGGUAUAUGGGAUAAAGACCAUGUAGAGGAACAAGAUAUUAUUCACACAGUUUUACACGACCAGACUUAACUUUAUGCAGAUAUUAUGCACAUUUGAUUUUUUUUUCCUUUAUCAAAUUUUCAGUGUGAUCUUAGAUCUUAAUACUUGACAUUGUCAAUCUCAAUGAUUACCUCAGUCCUUGUUUUUACCAUGAAUCUUAAUUUUUUCUAUGGGAUGUCCUCUUUGAGGCCAGCACUCUCGUGACCCUUGAAAACUCACAGCAGUACAGGGAAGAAGUAUUAACAAGACAUAAAUCAUUGAGGUUCAUUAACUACGAAUGGUGAAGGCAUUUUUUUAGCAGGUAAUGAAUAACAAAGCCAUGUAAUUAAGAACAAACAUACAUGUAUGUGCUUUAAAUUCAGGUAGUACUGAUGCAUAAUGUACUCUUUGCCUUUUCUUGCUGCCAAUGAUAUCAUCAGUAGGAGAGGUGAUAUCACAAUGAGGUCUGAAAGUGACUAUUUGCAGCAAAUGUUUAGAGAUUUAGGACGCAAACUGACCUUUAACACUUAGGGAGAUCAACGAAUUACACUCAGCAAUUUAAGCCACUGUUGCCAGCUUUACUUAUGUUUUUAUAUGUUUGUUUCAAACAAUUUUAACGUGGCUUAUGCCUUAUAUAGCAGAGUUUCUCUGUGUUUUUUAUCAUUACAUUGUGAAAAAUCUGGAUAAUUUUACAUUUUUGCUGUGAAAUGAAAGUACUCUACCUCGAAUAACGUUUAUAGCGUUUUGUGUUUUAUCAGAUUUUGUCAUUAUGUUGCACAAGAUAAUAAUUUGUGCGCGCAAGUUAUUAUAUCCACUUUUUGGAUCUUGCAUAUGAACACACCGCAGACUAAGUUUAGCUAAAACAUGCAUCUAAUUCUUGAUAUGUAGUUUUACACAGGUAGAAUUUUGAGUGUAUGGACAUUUACUUAAAAGUAUUUUUGCAUUGUGGCACUGCUACAUUUACUUGAGUAAAAUAAUAUGAAUCAUUAUAAGCAUUUGUAGUAGUGCAAACAUAUAUUGAGUAUAUAUGAUAUUGUGGUGAUAUGCUGUAUAUUUCUAGGUUUAUUAGGCCUACUUCCUCACAAAGGCUGACAUUUAUAGGGAGAUUUAGAUAAAAACACAAAAUAAUCAAAUGAUCCUAAAAUGAAGAUGCAUGUUCAAAUUAGAAAAAUAAUUGUAAUAAUUGUAACUGUUACGCUCACACUUUUUUUCUUGUGUGUAUGUACAAAUUUUGUUUAAGUGGGAGCUUCUUUUCCAUAAGCUCUUCCUGUGGCUUUGAGAAAUUUCCCGAUCAGCAGGUCAUGAAAUCUGUGUGAAAAUCUUUUCGAUGAUACAAAUAUUUGUCUCAAUUGUAAGUGAAGAUGUGUGACUGUACUUUGACUUCUCCUGGUUUUUGAAAGCCAAAUAAAUUGUCUCACUUGACUGUUACAUCUCAGAGGAAAACUGUAUUUAGCUACUUUUGUAUGUAGUGUAUUAGAUUUAAUCUGAACCACAACAUUUUGCAUCAGCAGACCACAGCAACCACAAUAUUUUUCUUAGUAUGACAAUAGAAACAUAAAUAAAGGCAAAAAAGUAUUGACACUAGAAAAAAGUGGUGAUGCAAAAACAACCUGUAUUAAUAAAAUAAUCAUGGAAAUAUACUUAU